ACAGUAAGGGAGAGAGAGAGAGGGACAGACAGUAAGGGAAAGAGAGAGAGAGGGACAGACAGUAAGGGAGAGAGAGAGAGGGACAGACAGUAAGGGAAAGAGAGAGAGGGACAGAACGGGCCGGAGAGCGACAUCAUGUCCGUUAACGAGUUGUACGCGUGCGAGCGGCCGUUUAAACUGAUCGCGCUGCUCUGCGUUUUCCUCGCGCUGUGUUUGGACGUCGCGGCUCUCGUGAGUCCCGCGUGGGUGACGGCAGAGGGAUACGCGCUGUCCCUGUGGGAGACCUGCACCGACAACACGGCCGUGUGGACCUGCGUGUCCACCCUCACAUCCGAUUGGCAGAUUGCUACGUUGGUGUUGUUGUUGUCUGGAGCCUCGGUCACACUGCUGUGCUUUCUGGUUGCUGUGAUUUCACUCUGCAGAGGAACGAACAGGAAGCACUACAGAACUGUGGCUGUGUUUCUCUUCACAGCAGUGGCCCUCCAGACAUGUGCUCUUGUUCUUUAUCCAAUCAAAUUUAUUGAGUAUAGAAUGCUGCACACGUACCAUGAGUUUAAUUGGGGUUACGGACUCGGCUGGGGAGCUACCAUUUUUAUGCUGGGUGGGGGGAUCCUGCUCUGCCUCCGGACAGACAUGUAUGAAGAUGGAAUGUACUGAAGCAACUACGCACUUCACACACACACACACACACACACACACACACACAGCAUACUGUAUAAAGCUGCUAGGUUUGCACUGCAAUACUACAAACACUAUUUUAUACAUCCUAACAAAUGUCUGUGCUUCCAAAUCUCACACACACGCGCACACACAGAGCAUAUACGUAAAGCUGCUAGGUUUGCACUGCAAUGCUACAAAAGAAUUAAAGACAUACAAACUUUC